AUGUCUGCUAAAGGUAAAAAUAAAGCGAAGGCAUUUGCAACAUUGCCGAAUGCUGUACCAACCUCGUCCACCAAAAUACAUGAAGGUGCUCUUGACAAUUCGAAUUAUGUGCUUGCUUAGAUGAAAAAUGGAAAGUGGGAAAAGGCAAAGAUUAUCGAAUGUAGAUUGUCAAAAGAUUAUGAUCCAAAGUAGAAGAAGGUAGAUUCAUCAUAUGAAUACUACGUGCAUUAUGAGUUUUAUAAUAGAAGAAUGGAUGAAUGGGUUGGAAGAGAACGUCUUUAGUUAACUGAGGAUCCAAUUAUUGAGGACACAUAACCAAAGAAGAGACCUAGACCCAGUGAUAAAAGAGAAGUGACAGCAGAAAACGAUGAGCAUGAAGGAAUGGAUCAACAGAGUCUCAUUACACAUGAGAUGCACACCAAAUUUAAGACUAUAGAGAAAAUAGAAUUUGGAUAAUAUCGAUGUGACACUUGGUAUUAUUCUCCAUUCCCUUCUGGAUACCAUAACAUAGAUUGUCUUUUAAUUUGUGAGUUUUGUUUGUCUUUUUAUAUAAGGAAGAGUGAAUUAUAGAGACAUCAAUUGAAAUGCGUUUUAUGUAAAUUAGGUCAUCCUCCUGGGGAUGAAAUGUAUAGAGAUACAGAAAGAAGACUCUCAAUGUUUGAGAUAGAUGGUCACAAAAAUCCAACAUAUUGUGAGAACCUCUGUUAUAUUGCUAAAUUGUUUUUGGAUCAUAAAAAUCUUUAUUAUGAUGUAGAACCUUUCCUAUUCUUUGUGCUCACUGAAUAUAACGAGACUGGAUUUCACAUAGUUGGAUAUUUUAGUAAGGAAAAGGAAUCCUCUCAAGGAUGGAAUCUAAGUUGUAUUCUGACAUUCCCAUUUCAUCAAAGGAAAGGAUAUGGUAAGUUCCUCAUAUCAAUGAGUUAUUAAUUAUCGUUAAUUGAAGGUAAAUAUGGAACUCCUGAAAGACCAUUAUCUGAUUUAGGUAGAGAGAGUUAUCUCUCUUGGUGGACUUAAUCCAUAAUUGAUUAUUUGAAAAAAAAUAAAGACGGGGAAAUAACUAUUGCUGGAUUAACCAAAGAGACUGGUAUCAAAGACACGGAUGCCUGGUGGACCUUAGAACAAAAGCAUUUGAUAAAAUAUUAAUAAUCAUAGCCUCUCAUUUGCAUGGAUAUGGCCUAUUUAGAUCUCAUAUAUUCCAAAGCAGGUAGACCGGGUCUUCCUGUUAAAAAAGAUUGUAUUCAUUGGGUUCCCUACAAGAGACCAAAGGGUUAAGAUAAGAAUUGAAUUCAAUUUGUUAUCACUUAAAUACAUUUAUUUAUCUAUUUGCAUUC